AUGACUACAAAUCCAUUUGUUGUUCGUCGUGCCACUAGCAGUGAUAGUGAUGCAAUCGCUCAACUUAGUCGACAGACAUGGCGUGAAACGUAUCUGGAAGAUUUGGCUCUACCUAUUCCUGAUCAUGAUGUUGAAUCUUAUUUGCGCACUGAGAAAAGUUCACAGUGGUAUGCAAAUAAAAUUGCGGAUCCACAGGAAGCGACUUGGGUGAUGGAAGAUACAACGACCGGAGAGAUCGUUGCCUUUCUCAUCGUCGGCCGAUGUGAAGUGCCUCAUCCAGAAUUUUCUCGAAAUAGGGAUGGGCAAAUCGAGUAUUUAUAUGUCCGACGUGAUCGACAAUCACAAGGAUUUGGAAAACAAUUAAUGAAUAUCGCUUUGUCAUGGCUGGAAGAGCAAUUUCCCGAACGGCCUGUGUGGCUGACAACAUUAGCUUGCAAUCUGAAGUCACAAAAGAUGUACAUGAAUUACGGGUUUACUACAGUCGGUGAAUUUAUUUCAAAGGUUGGAAAUACAGAAAGACAUUUCAUCGUUAUGCGACGAGAGAGUCGCUCCGCUAUUCAAAAUCUUUGUUAA